GGUCUGUUUUCAUUAUUAUAUUUUCUUUCUCCAUAGUUUUAUACACAUUUAUGGUAGCCAACCUGCUCAUGCUAACAUUCAUGUAAUUUCCAAUCAAUUUUCCAAAGUAUGGGAAAACAUUUUCAACAUGAUGUUGGCCAUAACAAUUGUCCUGAUCUUGAGCAUCUUCUACUGCGGAACCGAGACGAUAAUCCAGCCCAGUCCGAAUUCCCGGGAUGCCUAUGCGAAUAGUUUGCUUCUCAGCCUCAUUAUGCCCUUGGCGCCAGAACUUCCACCUCAGCCGGUGGUGCUCUUCUCGCCGGCCUCGAUGCAAAAGCUUCUGGUCGCGUUCUACAACUUCACCUACCAGGAUGACAUGCGUUUGCUGGCCCAGGACCUGUGCCUGGUCGACGGCGACACCUUUGUGCCAACUAAAGUCGCGGAAAUCCUAACGGGCCCAUUGCCUGUCCGCUUACGCCAAGGGACAGUCGACCUGAUAACCGGAUACAUUGCUCCGCACAACGUAAAAAAGUUCUUUGCCAAGGACUUUGCCGAGCUCGGGGCAGACAUAUUGGUGCGCAACUUCUUCAUCCACGACGGCGACCACGAGCUUGCCAGCAGCUUUCACAGGAGUGUGUGGGAAUACUUCAACAUUGAAGUCCUGUCCAAGCGCCAGCUCGGUGUGGCUUCGCUCCUGGCAGAGCUCGGCAUCGCAUCGCCGGACGUGAAGCUGUACAGUGGCAUCAAGUUCCAUGCCUAUCUGGACCAGCAGUUCCGUUCCGUGGGAAAGUUCAGCUAUGCCCGAGGACGAUUUCGCUUCGCGGAAAGACUGCUGGUGGGUCAGAAACGUAUUCCGUGCGUGGGCCUGGAGCUGCCGCUCCAAACUGAGUCCGGCCACGGCCUCCUCACGCUACUGCUGCUGAUGCCUGGACCCAAGAUAUCGCUGGAACAGCUGGAGGCACAGCUACUGGGUCCGGAUCAGCGCAGCUACCAGAAUCUGUCCAGGCAGCUGCUCCCCACGAGCGUUUCUGUGCGCCUGCCCAAUCUUCAGUUUUUCGGCAAGGUUACCAUGGAACGCUCCAAGAAGGAGAUGAGCUGGCUGUUCGACGCCGAGCUGCCGUACCAGGGCAUGUUCAACAAUCCCCGACGCACUCGCAUCAAGCGGUUCGUUCAGACGAUCAGCAUGCGUAUCCACACUCAUGGUGGCUCUUCCCGUUCCUCCCCAGUACAAGAGCCCGUCAAUCCAUUGCGCUUCUUCUACACCAACCACACAUUCGAUUGCGCCACAAGACCGUUUCUGUUCUUAGUUAGAUCGAAGGAUGUCAUCUACUUCAUGGGCCGCCAUUGCCGCAUCUCCGCCUGGGCAGGCGCACACUUUGGCCGGAUCUAGGGACCCAAGACUGCACCCAGCCGCUGCUGCUGUCGCUGUCGUUGCUGUGGCCGUGGCCAGUCGUUACUUUCAUUAGGCCCGCCGCUUGCGCACUUGACAAUGACGUAUCUGACGAGGCAUGUGAAAAAUUGCAGAUGAACAAAAACCAGAACCGACAGCCUCGGCUCCAGAACAACAUCUUAAAUUGGGUUCUCUACGGCUAACGCUGCGCAGUUGGUUGUGUCUCUGGUUUGUUUUUUUUUUUUU